AUGGUCCUUCUUCAACCUUAUUAUCUAAGUCUUACAAUCACAUUAACACUCCCACAUCAUUUAACGACGGAUGAACUUGAAGAAUUAGAAGAUUUAACAUUUGAUCAUUUCCUUUCACGUCAAACUCCAGAUUCAAAUCCAAAUCCUACUCAAACUCAAACUUCCAAUUCUUCCAUUCCUGUUCGGAUUCCUAAACAUACGGAAUGGCCAAUAUCUUUGAAAACUAUGACUUCACAACAUUUAGUACAUCCUGGUGGUAAUCAAUUGAAUAGAAUGAAUCCAAGGACUCGAGGUGGUGUUUCGAAUAUGAAUGGGAAAGUUGCGUCGGCUGUUCGUGAGCGAGAUACGCCAAGUGAUGUCGGAAGAAAUAAAGGAAAGCGAGAUGUAUCGAGCAGGACAGAACGGGAGGGGAGUACACCAAGUGAGAAUAGAGGAAAGAAUGAAACUAGAGAUGGAACACGAAGAGACGAUUCGGAACAAAAACAAAAUAGUGUUUACUCAUAUUCAAUAGAUCCACCAUCUUCAGAAACUUCCACUACCAAACCUUCCGUCAUGCGUUUACGUGGUGGAGGGGAAUAUGAACUCGAUCAUGAUAUCAAUAGAUUUAAAGAAAAGAUUGAUCCUGUUAAUUUGCCAUUACCACCUUCUAGACCUAGUACGAUAACGAUGUCGGUUGGAAAACCUUCUAUAUCUGGUUCAGUGGGAAAACCUUCUGUUUCUGGAUCAAUGGGGAGACCUUCCAUCUCUGAAUCAAUGGGGAAACCUUCCGUAUCUGGAUCAGUAAUUGAACCAACGACAAAAACUCCGAAAGACGUACCGACCAUCCUCGAAGGACUUCCAGCUAGGGUCAUCCAUGAAGAAUCAAAACGUCCUUCGAAAUCUUCCCCUUCGGUCGCCGAGACGAAAGUACCUUCAACAGGAAAAGCACCGUCAUUACUUGAGUCAACACACAGGACUCCCCGCACUUUGUCCCCUGCGAAUAUCCCAUUACCACCUUCACAAGCCAGUACGAUACCCACAGCUUCUCGAGUAGGCAGUGUGAUUGGUCAUGUCGACAAGUCAGGAGGAACUCAAUCAAAAUCUCCAAGCGUUGCUCGGACAGAAAAGGGGAUACCCGAUCAACUUAAAUCCGUUGCAGCCCCUCCGAGUCAUAUCAGCAAAUCAUCCACCAAAGCGGGAAGUGUAACACUCGUCGAUCCUCCCCUCGGUGAAGGCGAUAUGACCUUGUUAGAUUUCGCUGGAGGUAAGAAAUCCACAUCAUCGACUAUACUUCCUAAAUCUAUCGUUCCUGCGAAAGGUCUUGAAGGAACCGUGAAGGAUGCUACGUCUUCCAGACCUCCAUCGGUGGUUAAUGAUGAGAGGAAAUAUGGUGGAUCGACGAAAAGUGGACUUGUCAUUAAGGGCGAGGCAAAGUCUACGACGUCAAUAAAACCUCUUCCUAAUGUGGAUGGUACGGCAAAAUCUGUGAUGUCAGCUAAACCUGACCGAGGGACAAGUCUGAAACCACCACAAAACACUCCUUCACAAACCCAAUCCCAACGAGGAGAACGAAGAAUAACGACGACCUCCAAACGGGAAGAGAACGCAGAGAAGAGAGAAGAACUGAAAACACCUACCAAAACACUUCCCCUUGAUCCAAAUCAUUCAUUACCCACUCCACCUUUAUCAACCAAAACAGCACAUACUGGCUCUUCACAUUCUUCUCGUCAGGUAGUGGAAGAAUUCACUACACUCGAAGUUUCACUCAAGGCCGAAUGGGAUGAAGAGACCUUGGGCACGGCAAGGAUCAGAGAAUUGGUUUGGACUUGUUUGACGGAAUUGGAGUUGAUGGCUAGGCGGUUGGACGAGAAAUGCGUGGUUCCUGUUGACACAGAAGGAUGA